AGUGUUUGUGUGUCCGCCGAUCAGUCACGUAGUGUGUAUGUGUGUGAGUGUGAGAGUGUGUGCGUUUCUGAAUGCGAGUUUGGGGUUAUUUUAUUUCUUUUAACAACAUCUUUGAGUUAAAACUGUGUUAGAGUAAUGGAAGGCUUCCGGAGAAGAACAUGUUAACCUAACUUGACGCUACGAACUCUGAUGAAUUGGGAAUUAAGUAGUUUGCUGCGUACAGCUCAUGAAAACAAGACGCAUCUACGCAGUUUAUCCAAAUUCGGUUUAACGUCUUUAUCGACACCAGCUAACUUGAAGUUCACACUGUUGUUUUUUUUUAUUUAUUUUGUCGUAAGUAGUACGUUUUCAGGUCAAAUAUGCCUUCUAUAUGUCGCUCAGGUUAGCUAAUGAACUUGUAAUCGUCAUUUAAAGACAUAAAAGUAGCUAAUAAUUGGUGAUUAUCCAUAGGCUACUUAAUAUAAAAUGCUAAAGACACUGACGAAAAAGCUGAGAAGACAUUCACUCAAUGAGAUCCAUCCAUUCCAGCUGAAGAUUUCCUAUCAUGGCAGCGGAGAGGGAGGGGAGAGCGAUGACUCAGAAGGCGAGAACCAGGAACUAGCACAGAUUGACAGAGAGAGAAGGAGAAAUUGUGCCCUCACCCCUUUGGCCACCAGCCAGCAGCACAACCAGGGUCCUGUCUCUCCAGCCCGGUUAAGAUGCCUCCGCCUCCUUCUAGAUGCCAACCUGGACCGUCACUCAUCAGAAGAAGAGCUGGAGCGGAUCAGCUGUGGCGACAACAGGAAGUGGGUGUCCGCCUUCCCCCAGCGCCACAGCGACCAUCACAGCAGUGCCUCCAGUGACGAUGAAGUGCGGGAUCUCUGUGGCUGCCGGUCGCCACCUGCCUCUGCCAGACCUCUGGUUGAGCCCGGCACCGCUUGCCUGGCAGCGUCUCCCAGCCCUGUCCUGUUCAGUUCCAGCCCGCCACGCAACCUGAAACCGCCCCCAAUUAGGUUUCAGCUUCAGAUGGCUCAGCCAGUCGCACGGCCCAUAAUUCUGACCCACUUUGACCAAUCAGCACCUUAUAGAAAGUAUCGACACAGCUACAGCAAUGAGCCUGGGAGACCCAGCCUGGACCUUGAAAAAAUGCAACAGAAAAUGCUGCUGAAAAAGAACUGUGGCGGAAAGACGCGGACAAUGAAGAUUCGGAAUCUGACCGGCAGUCGUCCUCCGUCCAGGUACAGCUACGACCCCUCCAUCUUCGCCUUCCGCUCCCUGAGCCCAGCUCCACCAUGUAGAUCCUUGACUCCAUCCGAGGACCCUCCAUGCUCUUAAGCAGACAUCAACCCCCACCGCCGCCGCCAACAGACUCUGUUCCCGCACCUCUUCACCUUUUUUUUUUUUUUUUUUACUUCUGCGGCACGUGAAGGACUGAGCUUUGGAAAGGUCAUUAUUUAAAGGUGGAACUGUUGCACUCUCAGGUAAUCCCUCCCUGUCACUUUGACCUCUGUUGGAACCAGGACACAACAUAGCAGAACUUCAUGUAUAGCUGUAGUUCAGGAUUGUUGAAGAUGGACCAAGAAGGUGUUAACCUUGUGGAAGCCUGUUUGGAUCACACUGAAGGGAAUAAUGCAUGUUAGACAAUCAAGUGGUUCCAGGGUUUCUUCCUUUAUAACGUCCUAUUCCAAACAAAAGGUGACUCAUCUAUUUUGUUAUUGUUAAACUGAGAUGGUGGUCGCAUUUAUCUGUCUGAAACUACUUCACUUGAUGUGUUGCUGCAAACACAGUACUGUAAGGUCAAGCUAUAACAAACAUGUAGUUGAAUAGUCAACCUCUGAUGACGACUUGUUACUUGUCGGAUUGCUCGUAUUCUCUUUUCUUGCAUGAAUCCCAGAACUCUGCAGAAACUGAGAUCUGAGGAAACAUUUAUGACUGUAGGGUUGCUGCACAUUUGGCUAAUCUGUUGUUCUGGAUAGCCUACUCGUAGUGUGCCAUUUGUUUUUUUUCUAUUUUCAGUAAUGUACCUCAAUUACAUUCUAGAUAGAAGAGGACCACUGGUCUAAAAAUCUCUUAAUGCCUUGAAAUGACAUUCCUGCUAUAUUAAAGUCUGAGGUACUUCCCAUCUUCUAAAACGAUCUCAAACACAAUGUCACCGCUGUAACUAAGACUUUGCCGAACUGAAUGUAACAUUAUGACAUGUUUUCGUCCAUUGUUGCGCAAAAACAAUUCAAUAAAUGCUCUGUGGCCUCUUG